AAGUAUAAAACGCAAGUAUUGUUGGCGUAGUUGCGACAGAAGCAUCUCAACCAUGGGCGCUGAAGGUAACGGCAACGGCGCUAGCGCUGAUAACGAUUUUCAUCCAGCGCCUGUCUGGCUAACGGAGUCCUAUCUGGAGCCCAUACUGCAGCGCAGCAGAAAGGACAACAGUCUACAUAUAGUAAACUUGGAUAUCAAGCCAGCCACUGCCAAGGGCGACAACUAUGCUAGUAUUAUGACAAGAGUCAAAGUGGACUAUACGCUCAACGACGCUCAGCAGAUGAAAUCGGAAUUCUUUAUAGUCAAAACGACCUACGAGUAUGAUCCUUUUAUUUCAAACAUCUUUGCGGGCUAUCAGGCCAGCCAGACGGAGAUGAUGCUGUAUGACAAAAUAUUGCCGCAGUUGAGUGAGCUGCUGGAGCAGACUGAGCUCGCAGAGAAGCUGUUCGCUCAGACUCUUCAUGUGGACUAUGAGCGCUCGGCUAUAAUAUUCGAGGAUCUGGCUGUGGAUAAUUAUGUGUUGGGAAAUCGCUUGACCGGCUUUGACUUGGAGCAUACCAAGCUGGCUUUAAGAAAGCUGGCUAAGAUGCAUGCCACCUCGGCCGUGUUCAAUGAACGUCAGCCUGACUUGCUGACCAAGUUAGAUCAUGGCAUAUUCAAUAAUCACAGCCGUGGAUUUUCGCCCAUGUUCGAGGGAUUCGUUGAGGUAGCAGCAGAGUUCGCUGGCUCCUGUCCGGAGCUGGGCAGUGUUUAUCAGCAAAAGCUGCAACGCCUCCAAAAGCACAUCAUGCGCUUAAGCGAAAAAGUCUACGAGCCACAGCCAAAUGAAUUUAAUAUAUUGACCCACGGCGAUUUUUGGACUAACAAUAUAAUGCUGCGCAAGCAGACCGCCGAUCAACCUUUGGAUAUGUUGCUGAUUGACUUUCAGUUCGCAGCCUGGGCCUCGCCAGCAGUGGAUCUGCACUACUUUCUCAAUACAUCGCUGGAAACAGAGGUCCGCAUGGCAGAGCAUGAUGCUCUCAUUCAAUAUUAUCACAGUGUGCUGGUCCAGACUCUGCGCGCUCUUAACUUUACCGGCCACAUACCCACACUCAGGCAGUUAAGGCUUCAAAUCGAAAAAGGUGGCUUCAUGGCUGUGACUGCUACGCUAACCUGUCAGGCCAUAAUGUUAAAUGAUGAAACCGCCGAUGCUGAUUUUAACAGUUUAAUGAAAGUCGAUGAACGUGCUCGAAACUUUAAGAGAACAGCAUAUAAGAAUAAGAGACUACAGGGAAUACUUAAGCAACUUCUACCCGUUUAUGAUCACUGUGGGCUGCUGGACCUAGAACCAUGAAAAGUAAUCAGAGUGGCUCACGUUUCAAAUUCAAAUACUUUUCCCCAAUUAUUAGUUAAAAUCUAACAUAAGUUCCUUGGAGUGCAUCAACAAAGGAAACUUUAUUUAACAAUCCUAUUUAAAUUAAAAGUGGGUUAUUUUCUAUUUACAUUAACUAUUCUUUUUUGUGACUUUGGUACAAAUUUACGGCUAGGAAUGCCAUGAU